CUUAAGAACCAAGUCAUCAAUGUGACGUUCUGGUUUUUUUCCUUGACAUUCUGGCUGCCGUCACUACAUUUGCUGGGGAAUUCUCAUCAAGAGUUUAGGUGUCCUUCCAUGCCGUCCUUUCUGUGGUUUCCUUGUUUCAUUUUGUGAUCCAGUUCCAGAUGGCUCAGCGGUGCUCCCCAAAUGAAUAUUUUGACAGAUUGCUGAAUACUUGCAAAUCGUGUCAACUUCGAUGCCCUAAUACCCCUCCUGUAAUAUGUCAGCAUUACUGUAACACAAUGAAAGGAACAAAUACAUUUCUCUGGACCUGUUUGGGCCUGAGCUUGAUAGUUUCCUUGACAGUUUUCGUAUUGAUGUUCUUGCUAAGGAAGAUGAGCUCUGAACCAUUAAAGGACAAACUUAAAAACACAGGAGCGGUUCUCCAGAAGAAUGCUAACGCAGACCUGGAUGUUAGCAAUAACAGCAGUAUCGUGGCUGAACCUCUUCUUUCGAGAGGCCUGGGGUACACAAUAGAAGAAUGUAUGUGUGAAGACUGUGUCAGGAGCAAACUGAAGGUCGAUUCUGACCAUUUCUUCCCCCUCCCAGCGAUGGAGGAAGGCGCGACCAUUCUUGUCACCACGAAAACAAACGACUACUGCGACAGUCUGCUAGCCACCACCAGUGUCACGGGGAUGGAGAAAUCAAUUCCUACCAGAUAAUUAACCAUGUCAGUGGUAUAGAGCUACUUGGAAAAUCUUUGUCCUAAGGGAAGGAUGGUGUGUCAGAUCUCUUUAAGAUGAUUGUACUUGUCAGCGGAUGAUAUGGCUUCCCAUCCUCUAAUUCUGGAAAAUGUUUAUGUUAGCAAUGUUUUUCUACCUUAUUGUUGGGAGCUUAACUCUGGAAGUUUCCUUGGUUUUAUGAUUAAACUGACUCACUGAAAAUAAAAAAAGCACCGCAAUGUGUA